UAUAAAAUGUGAACACGAACGCGAAAUGUAGGAAAUAGGGUUUCAAUUUAGUAUUAAUAUUAAUUAUAAUGUAAUUUAUCAUAAAAAUUGGGAUAGUUUAUUCUAAAUUUCAUUUUUAGUAAUGUUACAAAAUAAUUUACCUAUAUUAUAUUUCUAGUUUAAAAACAGAUAGUUUAUUUAUCUUUUCAAUAAUUUACAAUUAUUUAUGUGAGAAUGUAUAAAUUUAUAGUUUCAAACAAUUAAAAGUAUGAGUGUUACGAGAUAUUCUUAGAAUAAAAGUACCGGUUUGUAAUUAUGGUCUUAGCAUCCAGAGAAGUCGUCAGCGUGGCUUUGUUGUGCUGUGUAUGGUACGUAGUAAGCUCCGGUAGCAAUGUAGUUGGCAAGACGCUUUUAAACCAAUUCCCAUAUCCAAUGACUGUGACCAUGGUGCAGCUCCUGUCCAUAGCUGUUUACUCGGGUCCGUUUUUCAACUUAUGGGGUGUGAGACGAUUCGUUGACAUAAGUUGGCCCUAUUAUUUUAAGUAUAUAGUGCCACUUGCUCUUGGGAAGUUUGUUGGAUCAGUUUUCACGCAUGUCAGUCUAUGGAAAGUACCAGUUUCCUAUACACACACAAUAAAAGCUACCAUGCCACUGUUUAGUGUUAUAUUGUCAAGAAUAAUACUAGGAGAAAAACAAUGUUUAAAAGUAUAUUUGUCAUUAGUACCCAUAAUUGCUGGAGUUGCCAUCGCAUCUUUCACAGAGAUAUCUUUUGAUGUAAUAGGGUUGAUGAGUGCCUUGGCAGCUACAUUGCAACACACAUUGCAAAAUAUAUUUUCUAAAAAAGUACUUCAUGACACUGGUGUUCACCAUUUACGUCUGUUACAUAUACUAGGUCGUCUAGCAUUAAUGAUGUUCCUGCCCGUGUGGCUUUAUUUCGAUUUUUGGCAUCUAGUGACAGUUUCAAAUUUUAAAAUGAAUAAUGAAUCGUACAAAGUAUUAGGUUUGCUGUUUACUGAUGGUAUACUUAGUUGGUUACAAAAUAUAUUGGCUUUUAGUGUUAUGUCAAUGGUUACAUCUUUAACAUAUGCCGUAGCCAGUUCAUCAAAACGAAUAUUUGUGGUGGCUGCAUCUUUAUUUGUGAUUGGAAAUCCAGUUACUAUUAAUAAUGUUUGUGGUAUGGCUUUGGCUCUGUUUGGUGUUAUUGCAUACAAUAAGGCUAAAUAUGAUGCCAGACGAACAGAUCAGAAACGUGUGAUAUUGCCAAUGACAUACCAACACACAAACAAUUCUACAUUUUGGCAAAAUGGUACUGGAAAUUCCAGUUAUGUUAACGGAAAUAAAUCAUUAUUUGUCUAAUUUUAUAAUGUGACAGCUUCCAUACAAUUUUAAAAACUUUUAGAUUUAACAAAAAGGUUGUAAAUAUAUA